UUUUAAUUUAUUUUAACAACAGCAAAAAUUGCAAUAAAAAUUUAUUUUUGAACUUUGAAUUUUUGCAAUAUUCUCCUACAAAAAUAUGCAAGAAAAAGGAGUUGAAGAAGAAUGGCCAUGUAUUGAAUUAACUGAACCUAAAUUUGGAAUUUUAUCGCAAUUUACGAGUAGUGCAAGUGAAGCUGUCGCACACAUUUUGGUUAAAGAAUUGGUGGAAAAAGUUGAUAAGCCAUUGUCGACGUCAUCAAGUCAAGACGAUGCUUUUUCCACUGAUUCAGAUUUGGAUUGGAUUAUGCAGGUUACAAAUCACAGUUUAACUCUUCCAUUUAUUCCAAAUCAAUGUUAUGAAACUCUGCGUUCUGCUGUUCGUAUUUAUAUUGCUUGGAGUUCGGCAUUAACAACAGAUUCUCCUCGUCAAUAUUGUCCCAAACAAAUUUUGUUAUAUCCAGACAAAUAUUUUAAAAAAUUUCUCGAAGCAUUUCGCCAUAUUUUUCAAGAAAAAUCAACUUUCUCAACAUCAGAUAAUCAUUUAAUUUUGAGUCGUCAAGGAACCCAAAUUCAAACAAUAUUAACAGCAAUUCGGCAUUUAACAAAUCAUUCAAAAGAUGAAUAUAAAGAUGAAGUUUGGGCUCGUUGUUUAUUAUUUUUAUUGAAUGUGAAUGAUCAACUAAUUACUAUUGGAUGUUGUAAAUCUCAAGAAUCGAUUGGCUAUUUAAUGGCUAAAGAUCUUUGUCAAAAUCUCUUUGACUGCUGGUUAAAAGCCUCUCUAAAUGAUUGUAUCCCUUCACCAGCGUAUUGGACGACAUUUUCUUGUCUUUCUAAUAAAUGUGGAGCUCAGAUUCAAUUUAUUGAAUGUUGGGCAAAUUCAAUACUUCAUUCAACUUCUCUUUUGCUUAAACAUUUGUUUGGACAACAACAACAGCAAAUGGAUGUACAAGAAGAAAAUGUUGUUUUUGAUGAUGACAAUAUAUUUGGACAAUUUUCAUCAACAUUAAUUUCAAAUCCUGAAAGAAUUUCAACAUUAAAAAAUGUUUGGCUAAAUUUAUUUAUACUUCUUGGACGUCCAACAAAAUUUAUUGAACAAGCACUUGCCUUGUUGGCUGAAAAAUCUUGUCAACUUUCUUCUACUUCAAUAAAUUUUUUUGUUGAACAAAUUAAACUUUCAUUUUUCUUAAUUAUUUUUGGAUUGAAAAAGAUGGUUGAUUUAUUUUUUGGAGAUGAUAUUUUGUUGGAUUUUAAUGAAAGUGAAGAAUUGCAUUCUUUAUGGUUGGAAGCUGCUCUGGUUAAUAAUGCGAGUAAUAUAAAGCAAGAGCAGAGACUUACUUCUUCUGAUUAUCAAAUGAUGACUGUAACUUCAAAUAGUAAUACAGAUACAAAUACAGAAAUGACAGCAAUACAAAUUUCUGGACAAGUUUUAGCUUCACAACAUGUUUGGUUUAUUCUUAAAAAUAAUCAAUUAAUUUUUGAUGAAAAACAACUUUUAAUAAAUUUUAAAAGAACAAAAUUAUUAAAACCUUCAUCAACUACUCUAUUAAAUUUAUUUUUGGAUUGGCUUUUUGAUGCAGCUAUUUUUCAAAUAAAUAAUACUUUAAUUAAUGAUGGGGCGGGUAAAGGAGGUUAG